AAAAUCUAUAAGCUCCAGGAAGUCGUGUUAGCUGUUUAUAUCCUUGUCUUUAUUUUGCAUGGGUUGUGUUGCCAUGCGCAUAAUCUGUGCAAAUAUAUAUAUAUAUUUUUUUUUAACAGUUAUAUAUUAUGUUGGUUUUUUCAUUCUAUCCAGCUAUCAAACCACUAUUGUAGCGUGCUGAAGAUUUUUAGAUCAUCAUGGAAAAGAGUGUAAGAUCACACAAAAGGGAAGACAGUGAAUCUUUCUAUAAUCCCAUACUUCCUAUUCACAGAUGGAAGGGUGAACUUGUUAAGGCUGCCACAGACAAUCCAUUCCUUAUCGUUAUGGGAGACACAGGGAGUGGAAAAACAACACAACUGCCACAAUAUUUGUACAAAGCAGGGUUUGGAAAGAAUGGGAUGAUUGGUGUCACUCAGCCGCGUCGUGUGGCUACUAUAUCUGUGGCACAGAGGGUAGCUGAAGAAAUGAAUUGUUCUCUAGGAAGCACAGUUGGUUACCAAGUUCGUUUUGAUGAUUGUACAUCAGAGAGGACUGUGAUUAAAUACAUGACUGAUGGAUGUUUGCUGAGAAACACGCUUGCUGAUCCCGAUCUUACAAAAUACAGUACAAUUGUAUUAGAUGAAGCUCAUGAAAGAAGCUUAAGUACGGAUAUCUUGUUUGGUUUGCUGAAAAAGCAAUUCCAGCUAAGAAGCUUUAAAAGGAGAAAGUACCCUCUGAAGGUUAUUGUGAUGUCUGCUACUUUGGAAAGUCAGAAACUCUCUUCAUUUUUUGGAAAUUGCCCUGUUGUAACCAUUCCAGGAAAAGUUUUUCCAAUUAAGGAGCGAUUCCUCAAUCUAAUUGGCCCCAGGGACAAAGACAGUACAGCUUAUGUUACAAAGACAGUUAAAAUUACUCUACAGACUCACUUAAACGAGCCUGAAGGUGAUAUUCUGGUAUUUCUUACAGGCCAGGCUGAAAUAGAGAGAGCAUGCAAUUUACUGUUCAAAAAAGCUGAGGGUAUUGACUAUCGGCAUGAUGUAUAUGACCGUUCUGUUGAAGGUCUGCUUAUUCUACCUCUGUAUGGGUCUAUGCCAACAGAUCAACAGAAAAGAAUAUUUGUCCCACCUCCAUCAGGCAUAAGAAAAUGUGUCCUGUCCACAAAUAUUGCUGCAACAUCUGUAACCAUUGAAGGAAUAAGGUAUGUGAUAGACAGCGGGUUUGUGAAGCAGUUAAACUACAACCCCAGAGCUGGACUGGAUAUUCUGGAAAUUGUUCCUAUCUCAAAGAGUGAAGCUGUGCAGAGAGCUGGAAGAGCAGGUAGAACUGCGCCUGGGAAGUGUUUUAGGAUUUACAGUGAGGAAUUUUGGGACAAAUGUAUGCCUGAUCACAUGAUCCCUGAUAUUAAGAGAACCAGCCUAGCUUCUGUAAUUUUGACCUUGAAGUGCCUGGAUAUCCAUGAUGUCAUUAGAUUUCCAUAUCUUGAUCAGCCUGAAGAAAGACACAUUUUAGAGGCACUUAAAAAGCUUUACCAGUGCAGUGCGAUUGACAGAACUGGCUGUGUAACAAAGCUGGGGCAUUUCAUAAUAGAAUUCCCUCUGUCUCCCAAUCUGGCUUGUGCCGUUAUCAAAGCAACAUCUUUUGGAUGUGAAGAUCUUCUGCUUCCAGUGGCUGCAAUGCUUUCAGUUGAACAUGUGUUCAUACAGUCUGGACAGUCACAAAAACAAAAGGAGGCUGGGCUAGGACAUGAAGAACUAUCCCAAUUGGCUGGUGGCUGCAAUGACUUUGCUACUUUGCUUUACAUAUUUGAGCAGUGCAAAGCCAGCCCAAAACCUGCAUCAUGGUGUCAUGAAAAUGGAAUUCACUGGAGAGCUUUAAAAUCUGCACUGAAUGUGGAAAAACAGCUUAAAGAGAUUACAAACAGACUAAAACAGAAUAAGGACUUUCCAGUGGAAAAGUUUGAUGGUCCCAGAAAUGAGAUGCUCAGGCGCUGUCUUUGUGCUGGUUACUUCUCCAAUGUAGCUAGAAGGUCUGUGGGACGUACCUUCUGCACAAUGGAUGGACAUGGCAGCAUGAUACACAUCCAUCCUUCAUCUGCCUUAUUUGGGAAGGAAUCUGAGCUGGAAUGGAUUCUCUUUCACAAUGUCUUGGUCACAUCUAAAAUAUUUGUCAGAACAGUGUGUCCUAUACGCUACGAAUGGGUGAAAGACCUGCUGCCAAAAUUACAUGAUAUUGAUGCCUAUGAAUUAAGCAAUGUUGCCAGAGAAGAGGUAACUGCUGAAGAAAUAAUCAAAUGGGAGUCCAAGGGAGAAACAAAACAUUGUAAUGAUGGAAUAGAAGAAGCCCUUAACAAAAUAAAGAAAAGAAAUGAUGAUAAAUCCAUAUCAGAUGCAAGGGCUCGAUAUUUACAAAGAAAGCAGCAGAAGUCUGAAAUGCAGAGGACGGAGCCGAGCUGACAAAUGUACAAAUGCCAGAACAUGUAGAAAUGCAGAACAUCUGCUCACACUGCUAAGUACAGAAGCUAAACCAGCCGGACAUUGUUAAUCCAGGGAACAUCUUCAUUCUGCAAAUGGGAGAUUUAGUACUGAAACACCUAGAGAGCUGAGGGUGGGCAGUCUUAUGGGUGUAGCACUAUUAAAUAUCACUGAAAAUGCCUUGAACCAAAUGUAUAUGAUAUCAUGCAUAUCCGAACUAAGGAACUAUUCUGUAAUUUGUACAGUAAGGCUUUUAAUGUAUAAUCUGUAUGUGCAGACAUGUCUGCUUGCAUGUACUAAGGAGAAAUCAUUUUUAGCCUUUAUUAACAAGCCUAAUGAAUACCAUGGUAUAUAUUUUCUAAAAAAAAAAUCCAGUUCAGCCUUUGCAACAGUCUUAUCAAAUCUUUCUGUUAUUUAUGAACAAUCAAUUGCAAACUAAGACAAAAGGGCAGGCAAAGAUACAGUUAUAGGAUAUAUUAUCCAAAAUAUAGAUAUAUAUAAUAGAUCCCAUACCUGUACUGGCAGAAAGGAAGUGCUAUGCUGCAGACACUGCAUUUACAAAAAUGUUUAAAGGGGAAAAUAUUACAGAUUGCCCUAUUCUUACCAGGUAUUUGGUCAGUCUUCAUAUUUAUUCACUCAUCUGUUCAUGUUUUUUAAUUGUAACUUAACCCUCAAGGCUAACUACCAUAAGCAGACAGCUGUAGAACAAAUAAAAAAUUAUUUGAAAACCACAAAAAGAAAAAGAAUAAUUGGAAAUUUGUGAGCUCCCCUUUAAGGAUAUGCCUCUCUGGAGAAGUGAAUCAUAAGGGAGUGCUUUAAAGGAAUAGUGUCAUGAACCUUAUGUUGUUUUUAAUGCUGUUUUACACUGUGCUCUUUGUAAAUAAUUGAUUCAGCUAAAUAAAAGGCUAUUCUUCAGACU